UAAAUAUGCGGUCCCUUCCGCAGCUGAGUCCUCUUUUCCGGAAUUCAGGUGGGCGGUUACAAAGGCAGCAGUCAUAACAUCAUAUGAUCUCAGCCCCUCUCAGCCUCCCGGGGAACUCUCGGAAGUGGGGGAGAGACGAUGCCUUCGCGGCGCGGACGAGAGUGCUAACAUUUGCGCAUUGAACGCAACAGGCAUCAGGGUAUGUUAUUUUUUUAUGUUUUGCUACUUCAGCUGCUUAUAAAUUUGUCUGCGUUCCCUCACUGCUCAAGUCAAUUUAAGGAAUCAAAGGAUGCAAUAGAAGAAGUAUUCAUCUUUGCAGAGAAAGCCAAUUUAUUCAUUGGACGACAUCUUCUAUAUAACAGAUUUGACUUUGAAUUAAUAACCCAAGGGGAUCUUGAAAGAGAAUGCUAUGAAGAGCAAUGUGAUUUUGAGGAAGCAAGGGAAUUUUUUGGAGAUUCAAGAAAAACAAUGUCUUUUUGGACUGAAUAUACUCUUAGGGGUCCUGGGUCAAAAACAGGUGGCCAAGCAGUAGAGAAGAUUGAUGUCAUAGGACUUCUGACUGGACUGAUUGCAAUUGGAGUACUAUUGAUUAUAACUGGAUUGCUUAUUUAUUACCUCUGCCAAAGAAAGUGCAAACCAAGAUUGCCAGGGUGCAGAAACUGCAGGAGGCAUAAUUGUUCCAUCAUCUUCCAAAGACAGGAAGAGUUUCCUUUAAAUCACGUGUCUCCUCAUAGAACAGAACAGAUAGGAUUGCCAACUUAUGAUCAAGCAAUGGAAUUAAGAGAACAUUAUGAUUCUCCACCCCCACCAUAUCCUGGAAGUUCAGGAAGGUUCAAAGUGUUCAAGAAGUCUCUCUCACUUCCAGGUCCUUAAUGAGCAAACAUGACCUGUGAAAAUUAGUCUUAAUAAAAGAUGUACAGCUGAAAUGCUACAGUACUGUGCUCUAAGAGUGUCAAAAGAAUCUUCUUCAGCAUGCCUAUGAGGGACUAAAGAGUGUCAGGUGAACAAGGAACCCAUCUUUCUCCAGUGUUCUGAUAGCUAAGGAUGAAAGACUCCUUUUAUUAUGUUUCCAUUUAUGUGUAAAAAAACUGUAUUGAAUUUGGCUCCUAUGCAUUUUGAGCCACUGAGUAAAUUGAUGUGCUACUUCGGUUUCUCAUAACUUAAAAGUUCAUUUCCAAUUCUAAAAAUUGCACUAGUUUUCUAACUAUUUUAGAGUAAGAAGUAGUCAGUACUUUUGUUUUGAAUAAUUUUCUCCCAUGAUAAAAAAGUGUGCAUGCCUUUCAGUCAGUUUUGACUCCUGGCAACUGCCUGGACUAGUCCCUGCAGUUUUCUUGGCAAUGUUUUUUGGAAGUGGUUUGC